AUGACCAGCAUCACUCAUCUCAAAGUAAAUAGUUCUACCGAGGUAAAGAUGACACAUAUCGAACAAUUUCUUGGACAAUUUCCAAAUUUAAAAUAUUUAUCGAUAGUCGCAACAAACGAUCCAAAUUACGUGGAUGCCGAACGAUGGCAACAUCUAUUAAAAAAUCUAAAAAAGUUCGAAUUUAAAUUCUUGUUCGAGCAGUACGAAGACGAUAGGAGAACGAUCGACGAUAUACUACAACCGUUCCGAUCCGAUUUUUGGUUAAUCGAAAAAAAGUGGUUCGUCACAUGUGAGUUUCAUCGUAACUGCAAGGAAAUUUGUUUGUAUUCGGAUCCAUCAUUGAAUGAAUCUGUUUCUCUUGAUCCAUUAUCGACAUUCGCUGUAUCAUCUACUACAACGAAUCUAAUCAAUCGUAUCGAUGUGAAAUAUUUAUCUUGGCUUUAUCAAUCGAUUGAAAAAGAAGACGACGAUGUCGGUGCUAGAAACAUUGUUUACUAUUAUCCAAAGACAUUGACCAUUUACCCAUCUUGUACAACCAAAAUUGUAAACUAUGUUCGUUUGACCAAUUUAAAAGAACUCGCAAUUUAUAUUACAGAAGACCGUAUUCUCGGUUCGAUCAUCGCUUAUGGAUCUCCUUUCUUUGACAUUCCACAUCCAUUAAAUAUGAAAUUACUUCAACGAUUAAUUGAACAAUCGCCACAACUCGAUUCCUUAGAUUUAACAUAUCGAACAUUAAUGAUGAUCGUUGCUUCCAAUGUAAAACUACGUUCGUGUCUGAAUAAAAGAAUCAAACGCGUCAAAAUGGAUGUAAAUGAAACGAGAAUGUACUGUGUCGAACAAAUAUGUUCCGUAUUUAACAAUUGUCAAGAAAUUUCAUGGAUUCAUUUACGUUCACCUGAGGAAUUAAUUCAACUUAUCAAUCGUUUGCAGAAAUUGACAACGAUCACUUAUGUGCGUAUCGGUCAAGGAGGAAGAAUAAUCAAUGAAACAUGGCUACGACAAAAUACGAGAUUGAAGAAGAUGAUACAUGGCAUCAGUUGGGAAUAUAAUGCUAGUUUAAAAACAAUUAGUCUGUGGAUCAACGAUGAUGAGAGAACUCUUAGAGGUAAGUGUGAGGAAUCGUGA